AUGUCCGCCAUCUCCGACGCCGCACUCAGCCGGCUCUCAGAGAGCGACAAGCAAGAGCUGCAGCAGUUUGCAGCGAGUGAGGGACAGAAGAGCAGGAUUCAGAAUUCGAUACACGGCCUCACCGAUACCUGCUUCCGCAAGUGUAUCCCCGCGGGCGGCAUCAAGACGGGGAAGCUGGACAAGUACGAGGAGCCGUGCUUGAGGCAGUGUGUGGAUCGGUUCAUGGAUGGGAAUAUGAUUAUACUGAGGGAGUUGGAGAAGCUGAGGGGCUAG